GUCACAUCAUCGGAAGUGUAUCAUCAUCAAAUCCAUCUCCUCAAAGUUAUCGGCAUCAGAAAGACAACAAAACUGAUACCUUAACAAGACUGCAUUUGAUAUAAUCAAGUGAUAUCCCUGACCAGAAUAAGCGUAGAAACCUUGCGAAAUAUCUUGACGCUGGUUGUUGUAGCUUGUCCGUAGGACACGCAUCUUGAUGCCAAGUGACCAUGGGCCGACAGUGACGCUCAGUAGGAGUUAUCCGAGGUCUGUUCGUUGGCGGCCCUAUGUAGGUGCUCUUCUCUACGACGUGCCUUGCAAGUGGUGGCGAAGGGGCGGUCGAAAGAUACCGGGGUGAGGUUGGGUGCUUUGCGAUGGGCCUCCAUGUACAUCUCGACCUCCGUAUCUGAGAACGCAUCGUAAUGCAUGAAAUUUGAAGUGACUAUGAGACUGGUUGACUCUGCUUCAAUGCCGCAUGUACAUAUGGGUGGCAACAGCAGCCAGUUCUUGAUUCAACUAUCGACAAUCCAGAUCUCCACCUCUCUCUCAUCAUGAAAUUCUACAUCCUCUUGACUAUCAUCUUGCAAAUAUCGCCGCGAUUGGGGGACAUCAACUCGGUUUCUGUUUUCCAUAUGAGUGAUUCAGCGCUUGAUGAACGGAGUAGCUUCAGUCCUUUACAAAAACGCAAAACUUCUCGCAAUGUUGUUGAAUGUAGACCCACAGAUCGGGCACCAUUCGGAGGUAUAUUGCAAGACUGCUUAGUAUGUGCCGGCCAGUUGUCGAAACAUCAUUUGUCUUGUACCAUGCUCAAAACGUGUGCCGUCGUGAUAGUAGAGCCGACCACGGGGAAGCCAUCCAAAGUUGAAAAAAUGUCAGUCGAGGAGCUCGUAUAUCGUUUGCCUCAGUCGCUGGACUCUACUUGUACUGUUACACCCCUACUAAGAUUCUUCAACAAAACCUUCACUCCUACACCCGAUAGUCAAAAGUCGAUAGGAAUGCUCUUCUUUGAUAAGCCUCUGACUUCUGAAAAAGUUCAAAUUUGUGAUCAAGAAACCUUGAGGAAAUUUGGUUACGUGAAGAUUUGAUUUUUAACAUGACUUGGUUCCUUGAACGGGUUCAAGGUGAUCUGAAUGUUUUUUAAUUUUAGCCUCAUUUUUAGGAUCGCCCAAGAUCGUCCAAGGUUGACGAGUCAUGGUUUGAUAAAAUUAGAUUCCCAACUGGCUUGUCUGCUUGCCUUGCGAAUUGAUCGCUUUGUAUCAGCUUAAGUGGCAAUCCUUAUAACUCUAGACUGUCUACGUUCUUCGAUGUCAGAAGCAACAUUUUGUAGAGCAAACUAUGUAAUCUCUAUUGCUUACUCGAAGACUUGUAACAGAGUUAAUGUAGUCCUUCUCUAGG